ACCUGAGCGAGGUGUGGCCGGAGAGGCUCUGGAGGCGAGGUGGGCGGGGGCAGGCUGAAAGUUGGACAACCAGGAAGUGAACCGACGGCUGCCCGAGAGGAAACAAGCUAGGCGAGAGUCCUGCUGCCGACAGGCCCGAGCCGCUCGGAAACAUGGAGGAGGCCAGCGGUGGUGGAGGAGAUGACCGUGUGCGAAACCUGCAGAGCGAAGUGGAGGGAGUCAAGAAUAUUAUGACCCAGAAUGUGGAGCGGAUCCUGGCCCGGGGAGAAAACUUGGAUCAUCUCCGUAACAAGACAGAGGAUCUGGAAGCCACAUCCGAGCACUUCAAGACCACAUCGCAGAAGGUGGCUCGGAAGUUCUGGUGGAAGAAUGUGAAGAUGAUCGUCCUCAUCUGCGUGAUUGUUUUUAUCAUCGUCCUCUUCAUCGUGCUCUUUGCCACGGGUGCCAUCCCUUAAGUAACUUAGGGAACCCCUCCCACCCUGCCCUCUUCUUGGGGGGCAGCCUUCCAUAGUGGGUGCCAAGAGGCGCCCUCUCGCCUGUCCUUCUCCACAGGGAAUGAUGCUCCAUCCUCCCGCCCCUCAUUCUGGGGCCCCUCUACCACACUGUCUGACCCAGGGAGCACCUUGGUCCCCAGAAGGAGAGAGCUGGACUGUGGCUGUGUUUUAGGGGUCCUCAGAGUUGGUUGGAGAGACCCAGAAGGGCCAGCACAUGGCUGGGAAACUGAUGGAACUGAGGGUGGCCAGUGGGCAAUAAAGACCUUUCAGUAUCCCUAUGCAUGUGAGGUACUUUCUCCCUUUCCAUUUUGCCUUUGGCCCUUCCAUUUCUUUUCUCCCCAAGGACGCCCUCUGGCAGAGAUCCUCCCAUUGGAGGCCCAAGCUGUUGGAGGAGUGGAGAGCAUAUGUUUGGAGAAGAAAGAUGGAAACUCUCUGUCUUUCUUUAUCUCCCCUUGUUCCAUCAUUGUCACUGGUCUCAAGAACAGGAAUUUUCUGGAGGUCUUGGUGCAUGGAAAAUUCAAAACCUUCCCAGCAUUUUAGGGUAGUAUGUAAGACUUUUAAGUGUCCCCUCUGGGACUUGCCAUUUCCUUUAUUAGUUUUCUGCUGGAAGUGUUAGCCGAGACAUGAAGCCUACCUGGGCAGAGCAUUUAGGAAUCUGGUUAAGGGCCUCCCACCCCUCCCAUCAUUGCCAUUUCUCUUUGGUGGCCCUGUUGUAGUCUUAGAGUGAGGGGGUUAGAGGAACUGAACUGCUUUUCCUUCUCUUGUGGUUCUGCGAGUUCUAUUUGUCUUUUGUCUGCCCCUGUCCUUCUGGAACUUAGCAGGGCCUCUGGGUCUCAGCUGUCCUGAGGGGGUGAGCAUCUCUCACCCGUGUCUCGUGGCUGGGCACAGUCAGUGUCACAGGACAGGGCCUAUGGCCUUCCUUCCCCUCCAUGGACAAUGGACCUCUCUGUCUUUGGGCCUCCCUCCUCUCCACCAGGUUCCACCAUCAUUGUCACUCUUUCCAGUGCCCAGUGCGCCUUGGUUUGGGGGAAGGGUUUAUGUCAUCUCUGUCCCUAUUUCCCCCAUAGGCUUUCCAGAAUUGAAAAGAACCUGAU